AUGACCAUGGCUUGGGUCCCUCACGAAAUUCGAAAUCUCAUGUCCUACGACGAUCCCUCCAGCUUGACCUCCCCUCAGCCCGCCGACGACCAUGCCCAUGCCAUCGGCGGAACAUCUCCCGUCCGCACGCUCGAGAUGGCAGAAGAUACUUCCACCGAGUCCACGCAUACGCCCGAACAAGGUCGACGAAAGCGACUGUCCCUCUUUAGUCGCUCCAAUUCCGAUGCCUCCAGACGCCCUGCUGCUGCCGACAUCUCCGACAUCCUUCAUGCCACAAUGGCGCACGGCAAGGAUCAGCAUGCCGAUCCGAUGAGAGCUCUCUCGCGGCAUCAGUCUCGCCCGAGUACCGCGCAGUCCACCGACAGCCGAAAAAAACCAAACGAUGCGCUCGAGAGCCUCCGGAAUUCCCUGUUCAGGGGCCGAAAGCGUUCCUGGAAAGCGAACGCGCCUCGACCGUCCUCCCGCCUCUCGCAUCCUUCGACCCAUUCCGAACCCACCGAGGUGUGCAAGGCCGGUCUUGUCAAUGUCAACACCGACCUCAUUCCUCUCGUUGAAGGAACAGCCGCCAAGAAGGAGGGCCAGGAAGCGAGGGACGGUCAGUUCUUCAAAUCAGAGGAAGAUUGUAUGCAGACCGAGGGAAUCAUUCGCGCAUGGGAUCAUAUGCUGACAACACCUAGUCUAUCUGCACCGCAAAAAGUCGAGCAUCUCGCCUCCAUUCAACUUCCAGCAUGUAACACACACGGCGAAGAAGCACCUUCCGAAGCUGGAGACCGUGGACGAAAAGGACCUCAAGACGAAGUUCUGGGCCGUCAAUGCCUACCAAAAGCCAAAGGAAAAGCUUCACGGCAUCAAGGCUCAGAGUCUGGAGACGCGACCGGACCGGAGUCUCUCUCCUGGUGCUCGUGCCGAGCUUUCGAGACGCUCUUCCCAAGCCAGUGCCCUCUCACAGCCCUCCCCGACGCACACCGUGACCCGCAGCGUGGAUGAGACGCUCUUCGAUGAGACUCAAGAAACGAAGUUUGAUCCUGACGCUGCCCUGCAAUUCUUGCACGAGGUCAACAACCCGCAGCAGAACUACAACAUUCGCCAGCCGAAACAUGACUCUUCUUCGAGCUCGCUCGCAUCCAAUUCCUCAGGAUCGAAACCCCAAUACUCACGAGUACAUGCGUCUUUCGACCACGGCAGUCCAAAUCGCCGAGUAUCGGAAGAUGUGGCACCGCCCACGGUGCAGUCCAGCUCGCCAACAGGUCCAGCUCCAACUCCAGCCCCAGCGGCGGCAGCGCCCGAAUUGGCACCGGGAACAGCUCCCAUGAGCUUGCAGCGCAAGCCACUAGGGCAAAGUUUCAAGGCCAAUCAGUCAUUACCACCCAUCCCGGCACGGAAAGAGCAACCACAACAAGAUUCCAAGGCGCCGACCAACCCGACGGCCGCCAAGACCUACAGCUUGUUUCCGCCACCUCCAGGCAAGAACGUCGACACCCCCCCCUCAAACGCAUCUAAGCGGAGUUCCAAGUCGGUAGCGACAACGAGCAGAUCUAGCCUCUCAAGCUCAACCCGGCGUAUCGAAGUGUUUAGUGAGGCUAGCUGGGAAGAUGAAAUCGACUUUGCCUACGAACGUGGCGCUGAGGCCAUGUUGGACGACUGGGACAGCGUGUCGCCCUUGCAAGAGAUUCACGAGCACGAACCACUACAGCAGCAACCACCCCGUCAUCCCUCUCCGGACGGAGAAGGCAGCAUCGACAGCCAAGGUGGCGGCGUCCGUCUUUCCGCCGGCAUCGAACAGCCUGCCGUAACCACCUCCGAUUCCUCUUCUGCUGUGCACACAUCCCGGUCAAACACCGAGACCCCAGAACAGCAACAUAAACGCGGGUCCUCUGUGGGCCACAAAGGCUUCGCAGCAGCGCGGACGGCGUCUCAGGAAGCGGUCUCGAAGAGUCCGUCUCUCGCUCUCGACACGGCAGCCUCCAAGGUUCCAAACACUCCGCCUCCAAAGUUCAGUGUUACGAACUCCGAUUUGAACCUGCAGUCCCCGAGUUCCAGCACCAUGCAGCUCGCAUCGGUUGAUCACGACCUCUCCGGGUAUAUCAGUGACCCGGAAAGCACGCGCACCGGAGGAUCUCGACAUCGCAAGUCAAGCUCCUAUGGCUCCUACGACAGCAGCGGGCGCUCGCUCCCCAUCGGCAGCGACACGACCCGAUGGUCGUCAUGCUCAACCUCGUCUAUGCCCGAUCUGCUGCACAGCAAACGCAAGAGCCGAUCUUCCGUGGGUAAGAUGAGAAUGUCGAGGACCUUGGAGUCUGUGCCUCACAGCCCUGACUUUGAGCGAAGCGACAAGCAGGACGAGAGCAACCUGACUGUUCCUCCCACGAAUCGAUCGAGCUAUAUGGAGCGAGCAGCGACUGAUUCGGUGAUUAUGAGGAGGCCGGCGAACGGUGACCGGCAGUGUUUGUAUUCCGCUGGACGGAUCGUGCAGAGGCGAAGGAGCUCGCCGCCGAGUCGACUGCAGAGAGGGAGCAGUGCGAAUCCUCCUGUCGAGGAGGUCGAGGGGGGGUGGAUAUGA